CAUACAAUAUCAUCAUCUGUCAAAUAACACUUCAUAAAAAUGUCAGCUGCUCAAACUGAAAAUGUGGAACACGUUGCAUCUUCCGUUGAAGAAAACAAAUCCGAUGAAGAGCCAACUUCUUUCGUCCCCUAUCGCAUUUUCAUCAACUACGUUGAUAAUUUCAACGCACAGCAUAUUAGUUCAUAUCUGGCUGACCAAUAUUAUGGCGAGAAGAAAAAAGAAGAAUAUAUACCGAUAGAGGGAGAAGGGGCAUCACCUGAAGAUGAGGCCUCUAAGAUGGACAUUGAUGAAAGAAAUAAAUAUCAGAUUAUAGGAACCUUGAGUUCAUUGAUCUCCAAAAAAUCAGAAGAUGUCAUGUACGUAGUCGACGAGCUCGCAGAGAAUUUCAGAGAAGAAAUCAAUAACUGCGGUAUUAUAAUAUAUGAUAUCACAAGAAACUCAUCCGUCAUACCUAAAGCGAUUAACACACUUAAAGAACUUGUGGGACAGCUUGAUGAGCUAAAACAAAUUGGCCCUAAAACAUAUUCUAAUCAUCCCAAGAAUCAAAUUUUCAUUUUGAUUUCUACCAUAAUGACUUGGGCAAGGACAAAAAAAACUUUCAUGGAAGAACCAGGCCCUUUCAUUGACUCUCACUACAGAAGAAGGAAACCUCACCUGAAUUACAAAGAAUAUUUGGAAUGUGAAAGAGAAGUUAUAAUGUUAGGUAAAAGGCACAAGAAGAAACUCAAGACCUACGUUUUAGCCACAGGUUUCACUUACGGCUUUCAAGAAGAAUCUAUGGAUUUUUUUUUCAAACUAGCAUGGUCGAAUUCUCAACAUUUACCAAUUUUCGGAAAUGGGUCUAACUUCAUACCUCUAAUCCACGUAUCAGAUUUAGCCCGAAUUGUUGGAUGUUUAAUAAAAAACCCACCAUCCCUUAAACGUUACAUUCUAGCAGUUGAACCAGUUUCUGCAAAAUUAAGCAACAUCGUGAAGGCAAUUAGUAAAGGAUUAGGAAAAGGAUAUGUGAAAGAAGUGCAGAAUUUGGAGGAAGCGAUGAGUUUCAAUGGAAUAACUGAAAGAAUAUAUGAUCAGUUCACAGUAAAUCUCAAAAUGGAGCCAGUUAAUGUUGCAGAAAUUUUUCAAAUGGAAUGGCAGUACGAGUCUGGAUUUGUAAGAAGUAUAAUCCCAAUAAUAGAAGAACUUAAAGAAUCCAGGGAGCUUUCAUCUAUCAAAAUAAUGAUACAUGGACCUCCUGGUUCUGGAAAGACCAUUUUAGCUAAAAGAAUUUGCGAGUUGUAUGGACUUCACUAUGUAUCCAUAAAAACAUUAAUCGAAGAAACGUUACAAAAUUUACGGGACAAUAUUACAGAAGAAAAACUAAGACUCAAGAUAAAGCAAGAAAGGGAAGCUCAAAGACUGUUGGCUAUGGAAGAAAAUGAAGAAGAUAUGAAUGAAGAAGAAGAAGAAGAGGAGGUAGAAGAGGAAGAAGAGGAGGGUGUAGGGAUAGAAGAAUGGGAAGAACAAAUCCGCGAUAUACAAAGUGUUCUCAGUGAAAGCGAAGACAACAAACUUCCUGACGAACAAGUAAACAAGCUGCUUAGAAUUUUUUUGAACUCAAAUAUUUGUCAAAAUCAGGGAUUUGUACUGGAUGGAUAUCCGAAAACCAUAGAACAGGCAGAAGAGCUUUUUGGCAGAACCGGUGAAGAUGAGGAGGAAGAGAGUCCUGGAGAAGGUGAAGCUGAUGACUAUGAAGAAAGAUUUGCGGCAAUCGCAAACAGCAAAAUUAUGCCACAACAUGUGUUCAGUUUAGUUGCUCCAGAUGAAUUCCUGUGUGAGAGAAUAAAAAAACAACAAGAAAAGGAUAUUGAAGGGACACAUUACACAGAAGAACAUAUGAAGAGGAGACUAGAAGCUUUCAGACAAAUAAACACAGAAGAUGAGACGAUCUUGAAUUUCUAUGACGAAAUGGAAAUACAUCCUAUUCUCUAUGACGCAACCAAAGACACGACGGAAAAUAUGGACUUGAUUUUCAAUGCAGUUAAACAGAUUAUAGGUAAUCCUGUUUCAUUUGGAUUUUCACUGGAGGAGCAACUCAAAAUUCAUGAAAUGCAAGAAAUGGAAUAUAAGAAGAGAAUUAAAAGUAUGGAAGCAAAAAAGAAAGCUGAGGAAGAAGAAGCCUUGGAGAAUUAUAAGCUAAAAAUGACAAAAUGGACGGAAACAUUAGAAGCACUGAAAAGUGAAGAAGAAAAGGUCGUUAUAGCAGAAAGUGAGCCUCUUAGAAAUUAUUUGAUGGAAUUUAUAUUUCCCACAUUGACUAAAGCUCUCACAGAAGUUGUAAAGAUAAAACCAGAUGACCCUGUUGACUUUGUUGCCGAGUAUCUAUUCAAAAUAAAUCCUGAGGCGAAGCUAUUUGACCCCACCUUCUCACAGAAAGGGCAAGAACUUUUAACACUCUGCCAUGAUGCUGUAGCUUCAAUAAACACGAUGCCAUAAAUCUUGUGCAAUCCGCAUCGCUUCAAACUUGAAAAAAAAAAGAAUUAUUAAUGUUUGAAAAAUAUGUAUUUAUAUACACAAAAUUUACAAUUUUGCAAGCAAUUAGGCAUUUAUAACAACUGCCAAUCAUAUUUCAAGUUUCACUUCAAGGAACACGGUUAUUUUUUAACAUAAGAAUGGGAAAAUCUGAUGCAAACUAUUAAGACUAGAAAAAAGUUAAUAGCUAAUUAGGUGUAGAAAUACAUAAUAGCUUAAUAUAAAAAUUUGUAAUAAAUAAAAUGUUAUACCAUUAACUUAUGAACAGGACUGCUUCAAUAAUUAUACUAGCAUGACUCUUAUUUAAAAUAAAUCUAAUGAAUUAUUUGAUCAUAAUUUUUUAAGGCAGUGUUCCAGAAAUAGUUUUGUUUAAACACUCACUGAAAUGGAAGUUGUCCUCCAAACAAAGCAUAGAAUACUAAAUUACAAUUUUUAAUUGGUAUUUACAGAAUAUUAGUCAAUUUACACAAUAUACAAGAUUAAAUAUUAUAUAUUAUAAUUUAUAAACUCAAUUCCCAAGACCUCCAUAAAAGAUAUUCAGAACAUAAAAUAGUCAAUAAAGCCAAUUUUACUACCCAAAAUAUGCACAAGUUGAAAGGGCUGAUACUCUUUUUAUUUAUGCCCAUUUGUUGAGCGGAAAAAUAACUUAUAGACCUCAUCAAAAGUACAAUUUCAAUGUAACCAAUAGUGAAGAACGCACUACUAGUAGGUGAAGUUGGCGAGCACACGAUUUUCGAAAACCUUUUGUCUGAAGUGUGCUAGGUUUGUGCUACUGUGUGCCGUUGAAAUUUUUUCUUUACGGUUACAGUCUCACGUGUGCACGUGUGCUAACUGGUACCGUUGAAAUUUUUACGAACAUCCUAGAAAUGAAGAUUUCGAAAAAAAAUUAGCCCAUCGCUUUCGUUUUUCUUCAUAGAAUUUUUUUAAGUCAGCACAAAAGUAGCACAAAUUUUUUCACCCAUUUUCAAGAACAGAAGAUAAAGAGCUGGGCUAACUUUUUUCUUUUUAGAAUUUCCGGGAAGAUAGGAAUUUUCGCAAAAAUCAAACAGCACAACUCAGUACAGCACAAUCUAUUUCAGCCGAUAAAAUCCUAAUUCUCCAGGGGUGCUGGCCCCUGCAUUUUAUACAUUCGUGAAAUGUCUAGAGAGAAGUAUGAAAUGAAUAAAAAACUCUAAGGCACAAAGCAGCACAAACCCCAGCA